GCGAUGUCUCAGCGUGCAUGCUUUCAUCAAUAUCAGGGAUCAGAGAUAAGUAUGAGUUAUUAAAAUCUAAAUCGAUUGCAUCAGUAAAAUUUCAGUUGACAAAGACUAUCCUUGAAUCGCCAGUACGAUCACUCAAAAUUAAGUUGGCCGAUGCGUGACCAAGACUGUACUAUAGAAUUACAUGCGUUGGAUGGUCAUCAGGGGAACAUUGUCGAAAGAGGAGCCACAGCAAGUAGUCAAAUGGGAAGUAUAUUAACAGCAGAAAAUAUAUAUAGUCUAUAUUACAGUUGGCCGACAGCAGAACGGGUAAAAACCAGAGUCCACUCGAAGCUCUGGCGCAGGUCCACUCCGACGCAGGGUUCCUCGCUCGCGGGCAGUCGCCCUCAACGGACCGCACCCCGGCCUCGGAGUAUUCUCGCUCGGAGGAACAGACAUCGGCGGGUCACGAGCGGUGACGGUAUGAUACGUUGUCUCAAGGCCGUGCCCACGUGCUGGACCGCCCCGGGCUUCCGACCGGAGACCGAUGGGCCAUGGACGCGAAGGCUCGAACGCGCCAGUGGGGAACCCUCAGAUGCAACGAUCGGGGUAGAAAGAAGGGCGUCGCCGGGUAUCGUCGCGCGCGCAACAGGGUGCCAUUCCAUUAGAAAACAGGGGAAAGAAGCAAAAUAAAGAUAUAAAGAGAAGAAAAGGGAAAAAAAGGAGAGAGAAAAAAGAGGAAAAAGGAAAAGGGAAAGAAGAAA